AUGGGUUCUGCUUCGGACAAGUUGUUAAACAGAGAGAGGACAGUACAUGAGAUUUUGGGAGGUGGCAUUGUUGCAGAUGUGGUUCUGUGGAGGAAGCAGAAUGUGAGUAACGGUAUAGUUACAGUGACGAUAGCGUCAUGGAUUGUGUUCGAGAGUUUUGCUUAUACCAUCAUCACUCUUCUCACAAGUGUUCUUCUCCUCUUACUCUCUAUUCUCUUCCUCUGGUCCAAAUCUGCAUCCAUUCUCAACAGGCCUUCACCGCCAUUGCCGGAGUUUCAAAUAAGUGAAGCCAUGGCGGAAGAAGCUUCCAAGUGGUUACGCCUCCAUGUGAAUAAACUGCUUCAAGUUUCGUAUGACAUUGCAAUGGGAAGAGACUCAGAGUUGUUUAUCAAAGUAGCAGUCUCUCUGUUUCUCAUCUCAUUCAUCGGAAGCCUCAUGGAGUUUCAGACUCUUUGCCACACCGGGGUUUUGGUGGUUAUGACAGUUCCAGCUUUCUAUGAGAGAUACGAGGAUUACAUAGAUGGAUCUCUAGUGUUCAUCUACAACAAAGCUAAUGAGCUUUACCUUAGAUUUGAGCAAUGGGCUUAUCCGGAAAAACUAAAACUAGACUGA